CUUUAUGAUGAUGCAAAGAAACAAAUAAUACUCACCUGGCAACAAAUCAGGGAGGGAAAGAAAUGACGCUGGGGACGACGACUCAGGGGUAUGGUGAACCAUCGUACUGGGAUGACAGAUAUACUCAAGACACUGGCCCCUUUGAUUGGUACCAGAAGUAUCCAGCCUUAGCUCCGCUGCUUAACUUCUACGUUCCUCGAGAUCAUCGAACCCUCGUCGUCGGAUGCGGUAACUCAGCAUUUAGCGAAGGCAUGGUUAAUGAUGGUUACGAGGAUGUUAUCAACAUCGAUAUAUCAUCUGUGGUGAUUGAAGCUAUGCAAAAGAAGUACCAGAAUCAUCCAAAACUCAAAUAUAUGAGAAUGGAUGUCCGGGACAUGAGUGCCUUUGAAUCGGGUUCAUUUGAUGCUGUUAUUGAUAAAGGAACUCUAGACUCUCUCAUGUGCGGACAUAACUCCCAACAAAAUGCAACUAAGAUGCUUGAGGAGGUCGGAAGGGUCCUCAAGAAUAAGGGAGUCUAUAUUCUGAUUACAUAUGGUGCUCCAGCUUAUCGAUUAUCUUUGUUGAGAGAUCUGCACUUGUGGACAAUAAAACUUCAUGUAAUAGAAAAGCUUGUGGCAGAGAGAAGCUUAGAACAUAAAAAAUGGGAGUUAACAGAGCCUGUACCAUUGGAUGAGGGUGGUUCAGUCGAGGCAGUUCUUGGAAAGAAUCCUGAGGUCCAUUAUAUUUAUGUUUGUACCAAGGAUAAGCCCACAAAUGGAAUUGGAGCAUGAUGGCGAAUGUUGAUAGAAGAAAGUGAAGAAUGCCUUUGUGAGUUUGUGUUCAGAUUUUUAUCCUCCAUACUUGGUAUUCCAAGAGUGUGCUUUUUGUUAUUUUUUUAUAGAUAGUGUUGUUGGAACUUGAAACAUUUGAUACCAAUAUAUUAUUAUUAUUAAUUUAUCAUCACCUUACCGUACUCUUGAA